AUGCAUCGUCUUUUUACUGAGCUGGAGCCAUCUAUUACUGUCACCGAGCAAAACCUGUCAGACCGAGUUCGGUAUAUCUUACGCUCAAAUAUAUUUGAUGGCGCCGAACUCGAACGGCUACGACGUGAGGCUGUUCCCUCAUCAAAUGAAAACGCUACGACUGGGGGUGCGGUGCCACAAGUUGCAGAACAACCCGCACACGUGGAUGCCGCCGAGAAUACCCCAGUGGUUGCUGAUUCAAAUGAUGAUGGAACAUUCACCCAGGAACUAGAAAUAGAGCAAAUGAAGAGUACAUUGGAAGAGGCGAUUAUGGAAACGCGCAGUACGCCUCUCGAAAAUCGACCGCGACUUCCCCGCAUAGCCCUAAGUAAGCGGAAUCGGGCUGUCGUGAGGGCUCUGAACCCAAUGCUGGUGACCUAUUUGGAAGCCAGCCAGCACUGA